CAAUUUUUGCGGAAUGCGCAGAAACUUACAUAUUUAUUUCUUAUAAAACGCUCUAACAUGCAUACUUCUUUCCAACUUCUAAAUAUUAAUACAAUUUCUCCCAAUAUAUAUAUUUUUUUAAUUUCUCCAAUAUAUUUUGUAUAUAUCAUUUAACAAAAGCUUACCCUUAAUUUUUAAUAAAUUUUAUUUUAAAAAUUUAAUAUUCUUAAAAAUAAAUUAUUAUUAAAAUGAAGCGUCGUAGUUGUGGAAGAUGGAUAAAUAAAGAAGAUGAAGUAUUUGAUGAAGAAAUUGAAGAAACUGAGAAAAUCCAAAAAAAGGCAAUGAAACAAGAAAUUGUUGAAGGAGAAAGAGAGGGGAGUAAUACUACAAUUACUGCUACAAUAAUGGCUAUCUCUCCAAAUGACCAAUUUUAUGAAUUUUCGAAUAUUUCUGAAGAAAAUUCUGUCCCUUCAAAAACAACACAGAAAAAUAAUAUUUUAAUGGCAGCUCAGUUAGGGAUGAAAGGACCGCCACCUAGUGGUGAACAACCUGUUGAUAAAAUGUUUAAUUCACAAUUAAUAAAGGAAAUAAGUCAACAUCCAGCACUUUUUGAUUUUACUUGUGAUGAAUAUAAAAGUAUUGAAGCACGGAAUAGAAAUUGGGAUGAAGUUUCUUCCCAUUCUUGUCAACCUCUUGAAUUUGUUAGAACAAGAUGGAAAACUUUACGUGACAGAUUUAAAAAAGAAGUUCGUCGAAUUAAACAACAACAAUUACAACAACCAGAAAAUGCUUUUAUUGGGUGUUGGCAUCAUUUUGAAGAAAUGCUUUUUUUGUUGCCUUUUGUUAGAGAUAAAGCUGAAGAAGUUGUUUCUCAUUCUAAAGAGGGUAAAUUCCAAAAAAAUGCCUUAAUUAUUAAAAUAGGUGAAGGAGAUGCAUCUUCUCCAGCAGAUGUAACAACAUCAGCACAAGCAUUAAUACAAGCAUAUACAUUAGCUAAACAACGUCAAUUAAAUAAUAAUUCUUCAAUUAAUAUAUUAAAUUCAGAAAAUCAACAACAACAACAAUCACAACAACAACAACAAAUGCAAUCAAGUACUGCAGCAAUUUUAGAUUUAGCAAUGAAUGCUGUACAUAAAAGUAAUAAAGAAAUUGGUGAAAAUAAUGAAAGAGGAGAAUGUUUAAUUGAAGAAGAAAAUGAUAAUGAUAAUAAUGAGGAAAUUAAUAGUGGGGGAGGAGGGGGAGGAGGAGGAUAUUCUAAUGGAAAUAAUUUGAAUAUUUCUACAAAUAAAUCCUCCUCAAUUUAUCGCCAACCAUCAAUUCGUUUCCAAAAACAAUUUCAAAAUAAUCAACAAAAAUUAUUACAAUUAAAUGAAAUAAAUAACAGAAUUAAUAAUAAUUGGAAAUUUCCCGAAGUUUUUGGAGAAAAUGAAGAUGAUGAAGAUAAACUUUUUUGCCGAAUUGUUCUUAAAAAAUUGGGAAAAUUAGAUGAAAGACUUAAAGAUACUGCAAAAAUAAAAAUAAUGGAACUUUUAUUAAAUUUACAAUAUGGGGAAUGUAAUAAUAAUACAGCGAGUAAUAGUAGUGGAAGAUAAUCUCUUGUUAU